AUGGCUUCUAAUAGUCCCAAGCCCGGUUUCUUGGGGAACAUCACCAACGAUCAGGAGGCCAAAUUACAGAAGCUUUGGUGCUUUCUUCUCAAGGCAGGCGAAACCUCCUCAGGCAGCAAGAGUUCUGAUGAGAUUUCCGAUGGCUGUGCGGAGAAUCUCAGUCCCAUUCAACCCCAGAGACGGCUGUCCCUACUUAGGCGCAGACAGAGCAACGUGCCCGAAAAAGCAAUAUCCACGCCGAACAUACCAUAUCACCAAAAUAUUUUGAAAUUUCUUGUGGAAAUAGGGGUUGAUGCAACUGAGUCCAACGCAAUCAAGAAGACCCUCUCGGAGAUUACACCUACCGAGCUUCGUACGGGAGUACUUGACACUCUCAAACACGACCACCCCGACGCCGUGCUUUUGCGCUUCCUCCGCGCUCGCAAAUGGGAUGUUCCCAGGUCAUUUCUAAUGAUGAUGGAAGCGAUCUUUUGGCGAGUCAAGGAGAUGAAUGUAGAUGAAGACGUGAUGGCAAACGGAGAGCUCUAUGCCCUCAAGCAGACUGAGAACAAAACCAGCGCAAGUGAACGAAAAGCCGGAAAUGAUUUCCUAUCUCAAAUGCGCAUGGGAAAGAGCUACGUGCAUGGCAUUGAUAGGACUGGUCGUCCAAUAGUGGUGGUGAGAGUCCGUCUACACAGGCCUGGGGACCAGAGUGAAGAAUCUUUGGAGCGGUAUAUUGUCCAUGUUAUUGAGUCAGUGCGACUUACAUUGACUCCUCCGGUUGAGACUGCAGCUGUUCUAUUCGAUAUGACAGGCUUUGGACUGUCCAACAUGGAAUACCCACCAGUAAAGUUCAUUCUCAGAUGCUUUGAAGCGAACUAUCCUGAAUGCAUAGGAAUUCUUCUGAUUCAUAAUGCCCCGUGGGUGUUUUCAGGUAUUUGGCGACUCAUUCGAGGCUGGAUGGAUCCUGAAAUUGCUGCCAAGGUUGAGUUCACAAAUACUGUCGCCGACCUCGAGAAGUUCAUUCCCCGGAACCAGAUCCUGGAAGAGAUGGGCGGGGACGAGAAGUGGUCAUACAAAUACGUUGAGCCCAGUCCUAUCGAGAACUCAAAGAUGGAUGAUACUACAACACGAAACGCUUUGAAAGGCGAGCGACAAGCUAUUGGCGAAGAGUUCUUGGCUGCCACCUCUAGAUGGAUUAGGGCAACUAAAGCAAGAGACGCGGCAUUACUCCGUUCUAGCGAAAGCGAAAGAGCAUAUCUAGCUGAACGACUGCGAGUGAACUACUGGAAACUGGAUCCCUAUGUUCGGGCUCGUCUUCACCUAGACCGAACUAAGGUUAUUCAGGAUGGUGGCAAGGUGGACUUCUAUCCUGAGCCUGCUAUGGAGAGUGGCGCUGAAAUGGCAAAGGCAUUAGACGUGGAACAUUUAGAACGGAUAGAGGACAGUGCAUUAUUCGCGAUUUCGUAG